CAAUCCACCCGCCAAGUCUCAGCUUCAGUCUGUCUCCAGCCGUUGUAGCGGGUGGAUUAAGAAAAUCGAAACUCGGCCCUUUUAUUCGCAGUUCGGUACACUUUGCGUCUGUAGUUCGGCCCUUCGUAGUAGGCGGUUUGGCGGGCUUCAGUUAGAACUUUCAUCCAAAAGGGUCACGCUGCCAAUAUCGGGUUUCGGUGUUUUUCGCGGUGUCAUAUUUCCACACUGUCGUCUGCCGUUGUGGUCCGAAGAAGACAAUCUUCGAGGUCGAUUCUAGGGGUCCUACACACAAAUGCUCAAGGGGGGGACCUUCGAUCGCAGCAUGCCGAUAAGCAAAUCGAGUUUGAUUUGAAGCAUGAAAUAACCGAAACCGUAAAGGAAGAGCAGGAGGCCGUUUCACGGUACAGUGCGCUUCGACCAGGGAAGGCGGCGACCAAGAAUGUUGUUGUGAUUCGAAUACUGGAGGAAUGGCAUGUGCUUGGCACCCAAAUAUUUCGAAAAGGAAAAGGAUGAAACGAAGCAAGGGGAAGUAAAUUAAAACCGAUCGCAGUAGACACCGUCUUCGUCGUCUUGGUUAUUGUUGAAGAAGAAUUCAAAAUUGAGUGAAGUGAUGCGCGACGAAAGUGUAACAAGUGUAUCGAGUGUAUGGAAAGAUAUCGAAACGCCCAACUCAGUGCCGGGUAAAAUUUAGAAGAAACCUGUUGCGAAAGAACAAAAUAAACAAAUUUUCUGCGCUAUUGAUGGCGAAGUUGCUCGUGACGGAGUAAUUCAAAGCGAGAAUAGUGGACAGGUUACGAGCUGCCGGUGUUGAGUUUUGGAGUAGAUUCAAAGCAGAAGCAGCGCCGUCGACAAGAACCACAUCUUCGAAUGGCCCAUCCACGGUGGCCGCAGUAGAGGUGGGCCCAUCAGCCAUCAGUUCCUCAACACAGCCUUCGUCAUCAUCUUCCUCAUCGCGUCGUCAUCUGAACCUUCCACUGCUUCCAGUUCUGCCUCCGCGAUCUACGGUCCAGAUAAGACCUGAACCUCCCCCGCCAUACUGGGCGCACUACCAGCAUCGACCGGUACUUCCUUCGGCAGGGGCAGCUCCCCAUCAACGGCGCAGUAGCCGUAGCAGCAACAGUAGCCCCAGAAGUUCCGAUAGCGAGAAUUCGCCACACGUUACCCCACCGCCUCCGCUGCCACCGGUUCCACUGCCCAGAGCCAAUAAUGCGCAGCGAGCUGUUGUUCAACAACAGGUGGUGGUACAACAUCGAACCCAGCGGCGGAAUUUUGUCGGCGGUGGCAUUUCGGAACACAGGAAUCCGGGAGGACCAGCUAGGCUCCAGCGCUACAACAUUACGAACCACCAUCAGCAGCAACAGCGACAGCAGCAGCAUCCCCAGCGGCGUCCACGGAUUAAAGAGCACUUGUUGAGUCAAGAUGCAUUUUGCCCGGAUUUGGUACGUAAUUGCAAGAUUACCGCAGAGCCAGAAUCCGGCCGAAACUCCCCCGUCGAGUCACGUGAGCCUACGCCGAGCAAUCGUAACAGCAGACCAUCCACAUCUCACAGCCACAACCCAGCAGCGGACGUUGAUCAAGACGUCUACGUAGAGAUUGAAGAACUGAACCAAAGCGUUCCCUCGGCACCCGUCAAUGCGCCAAGCACAACGUCAAGUGGCCGCGACGAAACGAAACUUGAGGAUAGCACCAAGACCACGACUACCGGGACCGUUUGUGAUAUGGGUCAGAAUCUGAGCAUUCGAAGGCCGAAGAUUUCACUCACAUGGGUCCUACGUGAACAAGCGCAGCAGCAACAGCAACAUCAGCAGCAAGUUCCAACUCUGAGUCAUCAACAACUGUCGGGAAGUCAGUCGAGUGCUGGCAGCUACCAGAAGCAGCAACCGAAUCAGAAGCAUCAACAGACGGCCCAAUCCCGAAGAUCACCGGUUAGAACAAUCCUUGUGAACGGGUCGGUGCCUAAUACAACUACAGCAGCUACCAAUGGACACUUACCAGCAAGAAAGAAGUCGCGUACUCGAAGUAAAGAGAGAUUGUUCAGUGAAAAGUAUGUCAGCGAUAACAACCUGACAGAGUAUCAUACCGAAAAGCAGCAUAAGGCCUUUCAGGUCUUAAAUGGUUCAUCAGCUCCGCCUUCGACGGAACACCACGCAACCGGGAUCUACCGCAAAAGUAAUAGAAGCUACAGAAAAAGCAGUGAUCGACUGAAGAAGAAGGAAAGAGCAUUGAUCUAUCCCAAUCUAGUUCAAAGCGAGACCGUAGAUAUCUUGCUGAACAACAACAACAAUAACAGUAUUAUAAUAAAUUUGAACCAGGAAGACCAAUUGCUCAAAGACAAGACCGCAACGAUCUGCCUGAAGAACACCUAUUCGGAGCCUUCGCUCUACACCACCGUUUCGGAGCCAUCUUCCUCAAAAAAGCAUCGUCAUCGCCGGCGCCGGGAACGAUACCGUUCGCAACGAUUCGGCUAUGAAAUCCAGAACGUCGAUGAGUUCCUUUCCAAGUGUUCCCUCUCGUCACCGGGAAAUAUCCCGGUGGUGCUCUCUUCGGCGGCCACGCUCUACCAGACGCGACCGGGCAGCUAUCAGAUCGAGAUCCCGCUACCGCUGGGGAUGGUCGUCAAUGCCGUGUUCAAAAACCAGAACUGGCUGUACGUGCAGACGCCGCACGCCGAGGAGGGAUACGUUGCGUACGAAACGUGCCUGCCGCUGGGCAUCCUGCCACCAAACCAAAGAUCAAGCUCAACGUCCAAGCCGACGCCGUGCUGGGAGUCGAACAAGGACGUCUUUCCCCGCCCAAGCGGUAACCUGACCGACAGCGAGAAGGAAAUCCAACAGCUUCGCGGAGGAACCCGCUCGGAAGGUCGUCGAACCCCACGCCUCAAACGAGGAAGCACCAACAGUCGAAGUGUUACCUCGAUCACCUGCAACAGUGAGAAGAACCUGGACUCACUGUACCUCCGGGUGGCGAACCAACCGAAGUCCAUCGACUCCCAAACCCAAUUUGCUCAACUCAAACUGACGACCAAGGUGCUUCAGGGUAGUACUCAACAGCCUCAAAUAGAGAAGAAGCUAUCGGGAAACGGCAGUGAAUACGGCCAUCUGCCGUCGAAACAACCGCUUUCGCAGCAAAAUCCGUUCCACCACCAUCACCACCACAAGAUCUUGGUUAAGAGCGGAAGUGGCGGAAGCGGGGGCAGUGGAGGAUCAGGCGGAAGCAGUGUCAUCAAUGGUGGACACUACCAUAAGACUGUUAACAGUGCUAGCUAUAACAAUGGGAAUAACAGUAACGGAAGCAACGGUAGCUGUAGUAAGGUAAUAAACGGAAUUGGUAACGGUAAUGUAAGGUCGACGACGACAGCAACAACGGCAGCAGUUCGGCAAACUUUGCUUGCUAUCACCGAUAACUAUUGUUCGGAAUCGGUGGCCGUACAGAAGGGAGACGUCGUAACGCUGCUAGCCUGCAAGGAGUACCAGGAGAAGGGGUUGAAGAAUUUCAAGCAGUGGUUCUUUGUGCGAACCCGCGACGGCCACGAGGGAUAUAUUCCUGCCGAGGCUGCCGGACAUGGUUUUCUUUAGAGGUUAUAAGCUAUAGGUAGUUAGUAGGAGAGUACUAUUAGGGUAUACAGUUGACUGGUAGAUGAAGCGUUGUAUAAAUUAUUAGUUGAUGUUCGCGUGUGCUCGUAUAGCUUUGUAGAAUGUUGGGCUUAAACGUUAUCUGUUCGCAACCAAAUGAUAUCUAAAUUAUGCAUGGAAAAUAAAA